AACAUAAAUAAAAUAAUGUAGGUGGAGUCCCCAAAUGCCUAUAAAAGGCUUCCCCCCUUCCCUACUCAAUACAUACAUAAGAAGAAGGAAAAACAUUCCCUUCUCUCCAUCUCAAUUCCCUCUCCAAUUCCUCUUGAUUUAUAACACGUUAUCAGCACGAUUUCUCUAUCUCCAAAUUCAAAGCCAUCGGUCUCUCUCUCUCUCUCUCUCUCUAUCUCUUAAAAAGCAGAGCAGAGCAGAGCAAACAAACACAAAAUUCAGAAGCUAGAAAGCCCGAACCUCAGGCAGCAGCCGAAAAGAAAAAAAAAAAAAAACUGGUUUCACCGAUCGGAACUGGUGGCAAUUCCGACGAGCCCAGCUGAGACCUCUUGAGCUUGCCAAGGCCUCUGUUAGUCAUCAAAGGCAAAGUUCUUCCAGAUUGGCUUGCUGGCUUGUUAGAGAUUGGAUCUCGGGUUCAUCAAGCUACCAAGCUAGUUGGUUCUGCAAACACUUGUAUCUUGUAUGUACCUUGCGAAAGCUUCCAUUACCAGAUAACAGCAGGUUGGUUACUGAUUUUGUCACUCCAAUGGCUGAUCCCAUGACCACCCAAACCUCCUCAGCUUUGCCUCCUCCUCCGACCCAUCCCGAUGAAGCAGGUGUUUUCUUCUGGUUCGCCGCCAAAACCCACCAAGCUUUACAGGGGUGUAAGGCAACGUCAUUGGGGCAAAUGGGUCGCUGAGAUCAGGCUCCCAAAGAACCGCACCAGGCUUUGGCUUGGCACCUUCGACACAGCUGAAGAAGCCGCCUUGGCCUACGACAAGGCAGCUUACAAGCUCAGAGGAGACUUCGCUAGGCUCAAUUUCCCACACCUCAGGCACAACGGCUCUUCCGUUGGAGGCGAUUUCGGUGAGUACAAGCCUCUGCACUCCGUUGACGCCAAGCUUCAAGCCAUCUGCGAAGGCUUGGCUGAAACCCAGAAACAGGGGAAGGCAGCAGGAAAGCCCAGCAAGAGGUCCUCCGCCGCCCGAGCUCCAGCGCCGCCGCCGGAGGUGAAGGUGGAGACCUCCUCGUCGCCGGUGAUGACUGAUAGCGACGGGUCUGCUGGUUUGGCUACAAUCCCCAUCACUGGUACUGGAAUCAACCCAGCAAGGAGCUUUGGUCCUGCUGUGAUUUUCAACAACGAAAAAGCCUGGGAUGACCAGUGGAUCUUCUGGGUUGGGCCAUUUGUUGGAGCUCUGGCUGCAGCUGCAUACCACCAGUACAUUCUCAGAGCAGCAGGGCAGCCCUGAAAUGGGCAGUGGACAACGUUGCCCGGCAGGGCGAUUUCCUCACCCUGGUCUCCUUUCAUUGGAGCUUUUGCUGCUCAUGUCCACCGAGAGCCACAAUGAUGGCCAGUCAAAAGGCUCCCCAAGACAGCAUCAUUAAAGACAAAUGAUGAUGUCUUCCCAUCAUUGCAACAAACACCAUCAUGACAUACAAAAAUAUUCCUCCACUAAGGUGGGAACCCAAGGCACCGUAUCCAUCAUUUUUUUUUAAGCUACAAUUAACAAAAAUAUGAUAAAGAAAAGCACCCGCUGAAAUGAUGAGCUUCCCACCAUCUUUUUAUUUAUUAUUAUCUUAUAUUAUUUAAUAUUAA